UCAUUUUUUGUACAAGUGGAUUGAUUUGGUUUGAUUCCUCCAUCGAACUUGUCUCCACUUCGCUUCUUCCUCUUCUCAGUUCCUCGUUCCUCGUGGCCUCAGAGUUCAGAUUCUUCUCACUGUAUGGUUUGAUCUGUCUUCUCGUGGCUUCAGUUCCUCGUUCCUCGCGUCGUGAACUCGUCUCUUCUGCUUAGCUGUCAUCUUGACGACCGGCCACCUUCUUAUCUCGCAGACCUGAGCUUUACAAGUCUAGGGUGCUGGAACUGAAUGCAAGUGAUGAUCGUGGGAUUAAUGUUGUGUGGACAAAGAUAAAGGAUUUUGCUGCUGUGGCUGUUAGCACCAAUCAGCGUAAGAGUGGUUAUCCAUGCCCGCUAUAUAAGAUUAUUGUUCUAGAUGAGGCAGAUUCAAUGGCCGAAGAUGCUCAGAAUGCUCUGCGUCGUACAAUGGAGACUUACUCUAAGGUUACAAGGUUCUUUUUUAUAUGCAAUUACAUUAGUAGGUUUAAGCUGCUGUCAAAAGAAAUCAUGAGCAGUCGAAUACUGUACAUUUGCAAAGAAGAAGGACUUAAUCUUGAUUCUGAGGCUCUUUCAAACCUUGGCUCCAUUUCUCAAGGGGAUCUCCGUAGGGCUAUUACAUACUUGCAGGCGAGUUAUUUGAGGCCAUUGUUGAAGCAGAUGAUAUAUCAGAUGAACAGAAAGCAAGAAUAUCCAAGAAAUUGGCUGAAGCUGAUAAGCUUCUUGACGUGGCCGGCAAUACAAUUCGAGCUUGUUGUAACAUGCCAGAGGGAUUUUCUUUCGAGGGCUAGAUGAUACUUUCAUUUGAGCUUCCAUUGGCUUUGAUCCCAUUCCUCAAGUUUAGCAGCAGCAGCACCAAGAUGGGUCCUCACAAGAAUUCUCUAAUUGUGAGCUGUUUUUCUUUCGCUUUCACCUUUAUAUGAUCCAGUGAGCAUCAAAAUCAAAAUUGAAUGAAGGGUGUCAAGACUUGUGUGCAGAUCGUGGUCAUAUCAUAGAUUCUCGGGAUAGGGAUUAUCGAAAUCAAUCUGUAUUACCUAAGUACAGGGUCGGCUAAUUCAUAACAGUCUACCAAGGUUGCAAUUGUGUUCAGUGGGAUCGUAGUUUUUCUUUCAAUGGCAAUAUACAUUGUAGCGGUGAUUUACCUACUCGCAAGAAAAGACACUAUAAACACGUAUAUCGAGACGAAGAACGACUUCACAGUACAGACCCAGGUGGAAAAGGGGUUCAUGAAUUCUAAUAGGCAAUUGGAGUCGGGUCCUGUUCCCUACAGAGAGGAUUGAGCCGACAUAUCGUUUCCAGAAUAUGGGACUCCUAAUAUGAUUAUUGCCUUUGGACGGCAAGUAUCUGUAAUUUCUUGUGGUUCUCCGUCUGUGACUUGAGAUGUACUGAAACGGAAUGAUAACUUUCUAUAUUGAUUCCUUCUAUUCUGCUGUUA